AUGCCCUUGGGUCCCUACACCUCCACGUCCGAGUUCAUCACCCAAUUCCUCGAGACAACCUCCUUCCCUCAACAAGGGUACUUCACUUUUGCCGUCAUCGACAAAACCCGGCCCCCCUCCCCGGAAGAUGAAGAAGGCGAACUAGCGGGUAUGAUGUCCUUCAUGGACACCUCGCCUGUGCAUUUAUCUACUGAGAUUGGAUGUAUCGUUAUUUUACCUCAGUAUCAGAGGACACAUGUUACCACUAAUGCUGUCGGGUUGAUGCUGCGUUACGCACUUGACGGGCCUGAAGAGGGGGGCAUAGGGUUGAGGAGGGUGCAGUGGAGGGCUAGCGCAAUGAAUGAAGCUAGUGUUAGGACGGCUGAGAGGUUGGGGUUUAGGAGGGAGGGGGUGAUGAGGUGGCAUAUGGUUUUGAGGGGGGAGACAAAGUUUGGGAAUGGGAGGGGGGUGCCGAGGGGGGCGGAGGAGGGGGAGAAAGGGAGGGAUACGGUUGUUUUGGGGUUGUGUUGGGAUGAUUGGGAGUUGGGUGGGAGGGAGAGGGUUGGGGGUUUGAUGGAGAGGCGGGGGUGA